AUGUAAAAAUACUAUUGUAAAUAAUCUAAAAGUCCAUUAUAGAAUGAUAAAAUCAUAAAAAAUAAAACAUAAAAUUCAAGCAAAGACUAAUCAAUUAUUAUAGAUAAUUAGAUAAGAGAUUAAACAUUGGAAAAGUUAUUUUUAUAAUUGGAUUAAAUGAGAAAAAGACAUGAAAAAGAAAAAAAAGAAAUGAGUGAUUCUUUUAAUUAGCAAAUUUUAAUGAAGAGUAAUUAGCUAUAAAAAUCUGUUUAGGAAUUCUAAUAAAAAAAUUAACUUUUAGAAUAAUUACUAUUUUAAGAAUAAUCAAAGACUAUUCAUUUAACUAAAAUUAUAUAGGAAAAGUAAAAAUCUAUACCCUAAGAUUAAGGGAAAGAGAAAUAUAAAAAUGAAAUUCCACAAAUAGAUUCUACACAAUAGGAUGCUUAACGAAAAAAUUAAAUAUUUCCAAAUAAAUUUAUAUAAAAAGAUAAUUCAUUUAAAAUAUUUAUGGAAAUUAUAAAUAAGGUAGUUUCUUAUAUCAUUCGUUUCAAUAAAGAAAAAAAAAAUUAAUUAAGUUGGAUUGAUUAAGAAAUUUUAGAAAUGGAUAUAUUGAAAUCAAAGGAUUUAAUCAAAUCUUUACAAAAACUAAAUUAAAUUUUUGAUAAAUUUUUUCUUUCAUUAUUAGAAGGAGAAACAUUAUCCUUAUCUCCUAAUAAAUGUUGUAAUAUUAAGAAUAAUUAAACAGUAACUGAUGAAAAAUAAAACCAUUCAAUAUAAAAGAACAAGGUUAAAAUGAUUAACACAGAAACAUAAACAAAAUAAAUAUAGAAUAAAAUUAGUAAAUUUUAACAAACAGAAAAUAUUGAAUUAAAAUACAAAACAACUUAAACAGACUUUUCAAAAUUUGUAAGUGAAGAUUAAACUCAGUAAAGUAAUGAAAUUUAAAAAUUACCAAAAGUAAACGAAAAAUUUUUAAAUAAUGAAAAAAAAACCUAAAGAGAUUAUAAGGUUUAAAAAUAGAUUUCUAUUUCAAUGUAAAUAUAAAGUUCUAACAGAUCAUUUUAAAAAGCAAAACUUAAGUUUAUAUCUACUGAAGUAUAAACUGAACAAAUUCGAAUUGAAUAAAUAAAGGUUACCUCUGAUCCUAUAAAACAUCACUCAAAAAUUACAGAAUAUGAUGAGGAAGAAAAUGAAUUGAGUCAAGAUGAGAUAAAAAAAAAUAAAACACAUUUAAUAGAAAAUGAUGACAAAAAUGAAGCUGAAUCUAGUUUUGAUUGUAAUAAACCUGAUUAUGAUUCAGACUAAGAAAAUGAUAAAUAAAAAUUAGAAAAGUUAAAAGUAGAAUGUUAAUAAUAAAAAAUUAAAAUUAUUAAUUUAUAAUUAACUUUGGAGCAUUUACUCUAAUUAUAAAAUUAGUUUUAGUUUGAUAAUGUAAUAACAAGUGAACAUCUCUCUCUAUAAGAUUUAAUUUAUAAUAAAUGGAGUAUAAAAUUAAAAGAUCAUAACGCUAAUUUAAAAUAUUCAAUAGGAAUAUUAAGUCAAAGUUAGAAUUUUUUGAAAAACAUGAUCAAAUCAAUUUAUGGUGUUGAUAAAUAAAUAUAGGUUGAUUUAAAUUAAAUGAUUAUUCAAUAUUAUGAUGAUGGAUUUUAAGAAAAUUAUAGAUUAGAACUUAUGAUAAAGCAACUAGAAUUUCCAUCUUUAUUUUUAAUUAAUUCUACCAAUAUAUAGGAAAGGUAAGAAUUCUAGCAUUUUUGGAUAGAUUUCAUGAUCUAAUAAUGUGGUUUAUUUAUCUAUUUGGUAAAUGAGUUUAAUGAGAAUGAUUAGAGAAUAAUUAAUUAUAUUAAGGAUAAGAAUAAAAAAAUAGUAAUUAUUUCUUAUGAUUAAAAUGAUUACUUAAUUGAUAAUUUUGGAGUAUACAACAAUUAUAAAAAUAAAAUUGAAUAUUAGAUUAUUAAAAUAUAAAACAAUCAAAAUAUCCUAUCUUCUUUGUGGAGAGAUAUUUUAUAAAUUGAAUGGGAAUGGAAAGAAAACGAAGAAUCAAUUUUAUAUUAAUUACAGUAAUUUAUUUGUAAAAUAGUAGAGAAUGAAGAUUGUAUUCAUUUAUAAAUAAAAGAAGAUGGGAUUUUUGAAAUAUCAGUGAUAAAUGAAUAAAUUAGUUAUGAUAUUUUAAAUAGAAUUCCUUAUGUAAAAAGCAAAGAAAAUUUAAAUAAUGAAGUUCAUUUGUUUCUUGAAUUAAUAGAAAAUAAAAAGAUUUCAGAGGUGAAAUGUAUUGGAAAUUAAAUUUUAAUUUUAAUAGAUAGAUUCAUUUUAUUAGAGCAUUGUGAAUAACAAUUAUAACUAAAAUAAAUCAAUAAUAAUUAAAUUUAAUUAAAAGUAGUUGAAUGA